CCUCCUUCCCUCAGAGAAUGUCCUCCUUCCAGCUCAACCUCAACCCGCUCAAGGAGCCGCUCGGCUUCAUCAAGGUCCUCGAAUGGAUUGCUUCUCUCUUUGCUUUUUCCACCUGUGGAGGUUUUAAGGGCAAAAUAGACAUUUCAGUAUCUUGUCCUCAAUUUCCUGAAAAUAAAACAAUUACUGCCACUUUUGCUUAUCCAUUCAGGUUGAAUCAGGCGUCAUUUCAGACAACUGCACAAGCAAAUGUGUGUGAUAUACAAUGGAAUAAUCAAGUUCUUGUUGGAGAUUACUCUUCCUCUGCACAAUUCUAUGUUACAUUUGCAGUCUUUGUCUUCCUGUACUGCAUUGCUGCUCUUCUGCUCUAUAUCGGUUAUACAAACCUCUAUCGGGAGAGUAGAAAAUUUCCCAUGAUUGACUUUGUUGUUACUCUGGUUGCCACUUUUUUGUGGUUGGUGAGCACUUCAGCCUGGACUAAAGCUCUUACAGUUAUUAAAAUAGCAACUGGUCACAGUAUUGUCCAGGAACUUCAGCCUUGUCAUAAUAAAGAUGUGACGUGUCAUUUUGUCUCUAUAACUAGUAUGGGAUCCCUGAAUGUAUCUGUGAUCUUUGGCUUUCUGAAUAUGAUACUUUGGGGAGGAAAUGCAUGGUUUGUAUACAAGGAGACCAACUUACACAGUCCAUCAAAUACUUCUGCUUGCCAUAACCAAGGAGGUAAUCCUCCUCCUACUGGAAUAUAAUUAAAGGGAGAAACACACUGGAUCAAAUAUACAACUAUAUUAUGACCUGUUGCCAAAUCUUACGAACCAUUAUUUGUUUCUAAUAAAGUAAUGGCUUUUUCAAUAAAUUAGUGGGUUUAAAAUUU